AUGACUUAUGGAGAUCUUACAAGUUUGAUUCAUUUCGUAGCAAUGGAGCUAUACAAGUGUUGGACUUGUGAAAAAUCUGGACACAAAUCUCCUGAUUGUCCGAAAAACAAAAGAAAAAGGAAGAAUAUCAAUCUUCUUGAAGUAGAUGAUGAAACUAAGGAAAAGUUUCUGUCUAUAUUAAACGAAGAAGAAUCAGAUUCAUCUUUCUCUUCAGAAGAAGAAACUGAGGACGAAGAGUUCCUCAAUGUUGCUCAAGAUAGUGGACAACAAUGCAAUUGCCAAGGAGCAUUUUGUCAUUGUGAUAGACAAUCUGUUAGAGUACUCUCAGAUGAUUCUGCAGAAAUCUUAUUUGCAACUAUUGAGCAUAUCAAAGAUAAUGAUGCUCGAAGAAGCUAUCUUAUGGAGCUUCAAAAGCUUGUCACUAAACAGAAGGAGAAAGAAGUUCCACGGAAUGUAACUCCUUUCAGCAUGAAGCAAAUCAUGCAAAGAUAUACAGAUAAGAGGGAAGAACCUUCUAUCAAUGAACUUCGAGCAGAAGUUAACUCCCUCCAACAAGAAGUUCGAGAAGUUAAGUCAAGACUUAACAAAAUUGAUAUUGAUACUUUAGCAAAACAAUUUCUUAAGGAUGCUGAAGUAUCUCUUAAAGGAAAAGAGAUUGCUACUUCAGAUAACGAAGAUGAAGAUAACAACUCUUCCAAUCAAUCAGCCCCUUCAUCACCUAAAGGUAUUGAAGAUGCAGACAGUGGUGCAGAUCGUAAUUGCAUUGUUGAAGGUUUAAUUCCAACCAAGUACCUCCAGAAGGGAACUACCAAGUUAUACAGCGACUGGGAAAAUAUGAGCAGACCGCAAGUUAGGCCCAUAGCGGGUAGACAACCAGCCAGGUCCAAUCCAAGUGGACAAACAAGAGAGUCAGGGCCAUUUGCUAUAAGGCCUGAAAUAAACCAUAUUAGGCCUGAUAUAAACAGGUAUUCAGUAUUGGCCCAAUUGCCGCCAAUUGUUCAUCCUGAGCUGCCACAGAAUAGUUCAUCAAAGAUGUUAGUCUUGAAAAAUCCCUUCCAAAAGGAGCAAGAACCCAGUUCAUCCUCAUCCCCGAGCGGAGAACUUAGAUUUUCCCAAAAACAGACAAGUGAAUGUUACACCAUGAAACAGCCAGCCAUUUUUGCUGAAGCAGUUUCUCCAGCAGGAACAAAGUCUCCUUCCAAAGAGAAGGAAAAAUUUGAAAUGAUUUCUUUGCAGGUUUUCCCAAUACUUGCUUUAGAUAAAGAAUAG